CUUGCUUGGAUACUGAGUAGGAUGUCCAGAAGAGGAUUUGUUUGGACGUGAAGUGCCAGGUCCCAUAGGUCGAAGCACAGGAAUUUUCCCGCAUAUAUAGAGGUGCUUGCACAUCAUUCUUUACUUGCUCUCGCAAUGCCUCGACCUGCAAAGAUGUCCAGAAGCUCUUCCUGCUCUGAUGAUGACCCUCAGCCAUCAACUUCUUGGCGCCUCCUUCGAAGGUGCCUUGGCGACACCCUUUGUGCCGAUCGCUUUCUUCCCCCUCUUCCAGAUCAACCACGUUUUUCUACUAUUCCUCCAAGGAGAGUGGGGAUGAGUAGUUCCCCGGGAGGUCAGAAGAUCAGCAAGACUCAAUAUUCGACACUAGUUCAGAUAAGGAACUGGACUACGUCGAACAAUGGGACCUAUCAAUGGAUAAUGAGGAGCCACUAGGGAUAAUGUCCCAUUCUGCCAUGGGUUCAGAGGCAACCCAGGUGUAAAGGUGCCGCUGGAUGUUUCCAGUACGCCACUGGAGAUCUUAUCGUGUCUCUUCACAGAAGAUCUCCUUGAUCACAUCGUUGAGAAGACCAACUGGUAAGUUAUUACUUUUGUGUUAUUUCCAUUUUUAUCCAUACUGAAUAAAUAUCUUGCAUUGAGUAGCCAGAAUGUAUAACUUGUUAUUCUUUUCCACUCCCACAGGUAUGCAGUCGCCCCCCAUCCUGCCGCCUCCCCUCACAUGAGGAAGUGGAUGCCCAUGUCCAGGCAGGAGGUCAUGGCAUACCUUGGGUUCCGCAUGAUAAUGGGGUUGUGGAAACCCUCAAAUUAUUGCGACUUGCUGCAAUGGAUGGGGACAAGCCGUUGGUAGUAAAAGAUUACAACGUCGGCAUGAAAGCAGUUUACAUUGGUAAUCAGAUGGCCAGUUACUACCCAACA